GGUCCUACAGCUUUAUUUAUUUUAUUUUUUAUUUUUACCCUUAAAAUGCUAUUUCAACAAUUCUUUCAGACAGUCUCCACACGUCUUACUUCCACAUUUCAAACCAUAGCCACUAAUCAAAAGUCUAGCAUUUUAUCUGCUAGUUUAGGGGCAUUUCGUAAUAAUGGACAGAUGCGAUUUGUAACUUAUGGUAAUACAUAUCAACCUUCUCAGUUAGUACGUAAGCGUAGACAUGGAUUUCUAUCUCGAUUAGCAACUAAAAAUGGACGUCGUGUUCUUAACAGACGACGCAUGAAGGGACGAAAAAACUUAUCUCAUUAAUAUGUAUAUACAUAUAAAAAAAGAAUCUAAUGUAAUAUAUUAUUUAUUUAUAUCU